GGGCCUAAGUGUAUAAAUUGCGUGGCUCAUUCAUCAUCAGAAAUAGAGCUUAUAGACCAAGCUACCAGUCUUCAGCUCCCAGAAUCCUCGAUACAAAAUGAGCAGUCUAAGUAAUAUAAAAACAUUAUUGAGAAUCUCCACGCGAAAUUACGGAUUCACGGCGAUUCGGAGAGAUUAUGGCCCUGAAGCUGUGGAAAAACUUCGUGGCUCUCUGAAGAUCGAGCAUACUUUGGCUAGACGCGGUGCAAAAAGACUUAAGCAGCUGAUAUGCAGCGGAGAAGGGGAAUCUUACGUUAACGCACUGGGUGCCAUGACAGGUUUGUCAAGUCAACGUCGUAAAGAAAAAAAAAUUUUAAAAAGAUUGCAGCUUUUAAUAUUUUAAAAUAACAUUUUCAUAUUUUAAAAUGAACUUAAGGUAACUUAACUUGGUUGAAAGCAUUGUUUUUCGUUGAUUUCCGCCCUUUUCUUAAAUUUCUGGCCAAGAUUUCAUUUAAUCAAACAUUUACUCAUUAAGAUGGAGUCCUUGGUUCAGUAAUUUUUUAAGAAUUUUUGGAUGAUUUUUGGAAUGUUUUAGUGUACAAAAAUUAGGGGAAGGGAUGUUUAAAAUUUGGAAAAAUUGGAGAAUAUAGAAUUUGGAGGUCGUAGACAAAUACCAGAUAGUCCACCACCACAAAAAGGUGCCUCUGAUCCAGGGGCGGAUCCAGGAUUUUUUUUAGGAGGGGGUGCACUCGUCUCUUGCUCUACUUCAACACCAAUAAACCACAUAGUUUUUUUUUGCAGAAUACCAGUUGUAUUAGAAAACUGCAGGUCAUCUCAGGGGAGGGGGGGGGGGGUGCGCUCCCCCUGCAUCCUCCACCUAGAUCCGCCCCUGUGAUCCCAUUAACGGACAAACUGUUUUAUUAACUUUUCUACCCUAAAUUAUUUCCUUCCCAAAUCAAAAUCAUUUCCCCCAAAACAACCAGAAUGCCUCCUUAACUGUUAAAGUAUAAACAAGCACGAACGAUAACAAGUCCAGUUUUUUGAUAUGCUAAACCAAGAAGAGUCAGAUGAAAACUGUUAUGUCAGCACCCUGGGUGCUAUGACAGGUUAAUACUACACUUUGUUAUAUAGCUGGAAUUUUUUUCCCAACGACGGACGCUCUCAUGGGUUGCUUCGAGGUCACAUGAUAUGAAACUGUUUCCCGCCAAAAUCUCCUGAGCGGCGAACAUCGCAAAAUAUAUGACUUCAGAGGGUAACAGUGCACCUUUACCCAGGAAUAGGGAGUUUAAGUAGUCACGUUUUUGAGCGACGCACGUCAGCCGGAAGUGGACUUUUUGCACUCUUGAGCCGUGAUUUUGAACAGUUGUUUGGCCAAAAGCGUCUCUAUAAGAGUAAGGACACUUAACAAAACAGAUUUAGUAGCGCCAAGGCAUAUUAAAAGAAAAAAGGCUCUAAACGUCGCUGCUUAAACUCCCUAAUGUUGACCGACAACCGCCAUUACAACGAGUUUUAAUGACAUUCCAGCUUCAAAAUUUCCAAAUCACUUAUUUUCAAAGACUGGUCCCUCGGGAAACAGUUAAUUUUGUUUCCCGAGAAUCUCUAGGCUAGUUGAACUUUCCAUUUUCUGUCCGCAGGUGGUCAGGCAGUUCAGAUGGCCAAAGCAGGUUUACAGUCCAUUUAUCUGAGUGGCUGGCAGGUGGCAGCUGAUAGUAACAUGGCGGGACAGACAUACCCUGAUCAGAGUUUGUAUCCUGCUAACUCAGCUGCAAAGCUCGUUGAGCGAAUCAACAACGCCUUUAUCAGAGCAGAUCAGAUCGCACACAUGGAAGGAUCCGAUAAACAUGUUGAUUUUUUUUUGCCAAUUGUUGCUGACUGUGAGGCUGGAUUUGGUGGCCCGCUUAACGCCUUUGAAAUCACCAAAGCUAUGGUACGUUUGUAUUUUUCUUCGCGUUAUUUAGUCAAUUUCCAAGCCCUAUUGAAUCAAUUCCCACGUACUAUUCGUUUGUCCAAAAAAGUACGUAUAGACUAUACAGAUUGGCAUUCCUCCCUCGAUUCUCCGCUCGAAGUUUCUCUUCCACGUCUUAAACAAGAAGCACACAAGCUCUCCUUGUUUACGAACUGAGACAUAUAACGUUUUGUAUUUGGCCGUCACAAUUAAGGUUUCAACUUAAUCAUUUACAAAACCAUAGCAACGUUAUUCCAGUUUCUAUGGAAACUAUAACACAAAAAAAUUCUAUAGAGUACGGUGUAUUAAUAGAAAAAUUUAUACCUUAUCCCUUUGACUGAGUUCCUGUGUUUUCAAGACAAGGGUGACCUCGGCUAUUUCUGAUAUCCUUUUUUCUUAUCACGGUAUAACCUUUAAAUUCUCUCCAUCAGAUUUCAGCUGGUGCCGCUGGAGUCCACUUUGAAGACCAACUCGCAUCAGAAAAGAAAUGUGGUCACAUGGGAGGAAAAGUUCUUCUACCAACACAGCAGUUUAUUAAAGUCCUCAAUGCUGCUCGUCUGGCUGCUGACGUCAUGGAUGUUCCCACUGUUAUAAUUGGACGAACAGAUGCUGAGUCAGCUUCUUUAGUGACGUCAGAUAUUGACUCACGUGACCAGCCUUUCCUGACCGGUGAAAGAACAGCAGAGGGAUUCUAUCGUUCAACCGCUGGCUUGGAACAAGCCAUUGCACGUGGACGCAGUUACGCCCCGUAUUGCAACGUAAUCUGGUGCGAGACAGGCAAACCUAAUUUGGAAGAAGCACACAUGUUUGCUGACGGAAUCCAUUCUAUGUUUCCAGGUAAACCACUGGCUUACAACUGCUCACCCUCUUUCAACUGGAAAGCCAAUCUCAGUGACAAAGAGAUAGCUGUGUUUCAAAAAGAACUUGGUAAAAUGGGCUACAAAUAUCAGUUUAUCACCUUGGCUGGUUUCCACUCCCUGAAUCACGCCAUGUUCAAGCUUGCACGCGACUACAAGGAGCACGGCAUGUCCGCCUACACCAAAAUACAAGAAGAUGAGUUCGCGCAAGCGCAGUAUGGCUUUACUGCACACAAACACCAGAGGGAGGUAGGAACGGGAUAUUUUGACCAAGUAAAUAUGGCGAUAAGUGGAGGAUCAAGUUCAACAACAGCACUGGAUGGAUCAACAGAGGAAGAACAGUUCACUGAUAAUUAUAAAAAGUUAAAAGGAUGGGGUCGAAGAGGUUUGACCGACACAUAUGCACAUUAAAGAGUUUUUAAAAUUGGUUUUAGAUAACAAAUUGAAUCUGCAAUAAUAUAAGGCAAUUUUUUUGUACGUCGUUUAAGUAUUACGUAUUGCACGCUAUGGCAAACGCGUCAGCAGAUGUGUAGGACUUUUCUUAUGGUCUAGACUAAGUAUAAAGAUUAAGGAGAUUCUUCAGCUCUAAGUUAAACUAGUAUCAGACAAUGUUGCCAAUAACAAUUAUUGAACAUUGUAAAUAUUUGUUCCUUUUUUAAGUAUUAGAAUUGUAAAUAUUGAAACUACUUACUAAUUUAUAAUUGUAAAUAUUCUUUAUAUUGUGGGUUCAUUUUUGUUUUAUUGUCCCGAGCUUAGUACCCUUAUACCUUCUAAUGGAGACUGGGUCUUUCUUACUUUCUCGCUGUACUGCCGCACUUAGCUGAAAGUAAAUUUCAGUAAUCACUCUAUAGCUUAUUCAUUUUUUUCCUAAUUUGUGCUUA